ACAGGCAGGGCAGGGUGAAGGGGCACAGAGCAGGGCGACCCACGGCAUGGUGUGGGACCCAUGGCAGGGCACAGUGACCCACGGCACACCAAGGUGACACAGGGCAGGUCACAGUGACCCACGGCACACCACGGUGACCCACAGCAGGGCAUGGUGACCCACGGCACACCAAGGUGAUGCAGGGCAGGGCACAGUGACCCACAGCACACCACGGUGGCACUGAGCAGGGCACAGUGACCCACGGCACACCAAGGUGACGCAGGGCAGGGCACGGUGACCCACAGCACACCAAGGUGACAUGGAGCAGGGCACGGUGACCCCAUGGCAUACCAAGGUGACACAGGGCACACCAAGGUGACCCACGGCAGGGCAUGGUGACCCAUGGCACACCAAGGGGACACAGGGCAGGGCACAGUGACCCAUGGCACACCAAGGGGACCCACGGCACACCAGGGUGGCACAGAGCAGGGCACAGUGACCCAUGGCACACCACGGUGGCACUGAGCAGGGCACGGUGACCUCAUGGCAUACCAAGGUGACACAGGGCAGGGCACAGUGACCCACGGCACACCAGGGUGGCACAGAGCAGGGCACAGUGACCCACAGCACACCACGGUGGCACUGAGCAGGGCACAGUGACCCACGGCACACCAGGGUGGCACAGAGCAGGGCACGGUGACCCACAGCACACCACGAUGGCACUGAGCAGGGCACGGUGACCCACGGCACACCAAGGGUGAGGGAUCCCGGAGCCAUGUCCCUUACAGGCAGCACUGACAGCAAAUCUGAGAAGCCAGUGUCUAUGAUCUGGGGGUGUGAGCUGAGCAGCGAGCAGGACUCCUACACCUUCCAGGUGCCGGAGGAGUGGCAGUGUGAGCAGCAGCUGGCCCUGCAGACGAUCUGCCUGGGGGAGAUGGCGCAGGAUGAGUUCCACAUGGUGGAGAUCGUGCCGGCCGAAGAGGGAGAUGCUCGUGCCCCGGUGCCCCUCGCCACGCUGAAGCCCUCUGUGCUGCCCAUGGCCACCCUGAUGGGAGUGGAGCUGACGCCUCCGGUCACCUUCCACCUGAGAGCCGGCUCCGGCCCCGUCUACAUCAGCGGGCAGCAUGUCUCCAUGAUGCCCAACCUGUCCUGGGAUGAGGAGGAGGAAGAUGAAGAAGAGGAUGCCGCCGAGGAAGAGGAGCCAGCAGAGGAGUCCCCUGAGAAGCUCCCCAAAGGCAGCGCUGCCAAGAAGGGCUGCACUGCCAAGAAGAGGAGGCUGGAGAAGGAAGAUGAGCUGAGUAGCAUCUCCCCUGAGGGUCCCUUCCUUAGUAAGGGGCAAGGAAGCAGCCGGGGCAGGAAGACAGUGGUGAAGAAGUAGCAGGAGCUGUGGCAGAGCCCGGCCAGGUGCAGAAGAGCCUGGAAAGCUGCUGGUUUGGUGUUGUCCUUCCCCAAUAAAGGAUAUUUUGCA